GAAUGUAUUGAUCAUUGUAGAGGAAUAAUCCAUUGAAAAAUAUGGCAAAUUGCAAGGCAAUUUUUUUGCCAAUCUAUGCAAUUGCGGUUAUAGGAGCAUCCCUGUAUUGUCUUUUCAUAUUCUCUGAUGUUUAUAGCUCCUCUUCCUCCUCUUUUUCCCUCUUGUCCAGUAGUCCAGGCCAAAGCCAGGCAUCCAAUUCAUCUCAUAGGACUAAUAGUGGGAAUCCUUCACUGGCUCCCAUUUCCAGGAUGGAAAACAAAUUAGUCAAACCUAUCUGGGCGGUCCCUCCGGCUGGCUCUCAGAAGAUGCCUCCUCGUAAGGCCUUCAAAUUGAGCAAGAAGUUGGUUCAACAAAGAGUGAAGGAUAACAUUAUAAUAGUUACCUUUGGUAACUAUGCUUUCAUGGAUUUCAUCUUAAACUGGGUAAAGCACCUGACAGAAUUGAGUAUCGAAAAUCUUCUUGUUGGUGCCAUGGACACAAAACUGCUGGAGGCUCUUUAUUGGAAAGGAGUACCAGUUUUUGAUAUGGGUAGACAAAUGAGCACAAUAGAUGUUGGCUGGGGCUCACCAGACUUUCAGAAGAUGCAAAGGGAGAAAGCUAUUUUGAUAGAUGCUUUCCUCCCUUUUGGUUUUGAGCUGUUGUUGUGUGAUUCAGAUACGGUUUGGUUGAAGAAUCCCCUACCAUAUCUAGCACGUUUCCCUGAUGCAGACAUAUUGACAUCCACAGAUCAACUUAUACCAACAGUCGUGGAUGACAGUUUGGACUUCUGUGAGCAAAUUCAGUUUGCAUAUAAUGUAGGUUUAUUUCAUUGGCGGCCGUCAAAUUCCUCAAAAAAAUUUGUAAAAGAAUGGAUAAAACUGAUUCUAGCGGAUGAAGGGUUAUGGGAUCAACAGGGUUUCAAUGACAUUAUUCGCCGGCAACUUGGCCCAUCUGUUGAUCAAGAUAGUAAACUUACUUAUGCUUAUGAUGGAGAGCUGAAGUUGGGUUGUCUCCCAGUAAGCAUUUUUGGUGGUGGGCAUACUUUUUUCGUCCAAAAGAUGUAUCAACAUCUUGGACUCGACCCUUAUGCAGCGCAUGCAACAUUCCAGACUAGUACUGAAGCAAAGCGUCACAGAUUCCGAGAAGCAAAUCUUUUGUUCGAUCCACCAAGUUACUAUGAUGUCCCUGGAGGGUUCUUGACGUUUAAACCUUCUAUACCCAAGAAUUUGUUACUGAAUGGAGAGCAUAAUAUUCAAUCACACUUUUCUCUUGUUAAUUACCAAAUAAAACAAAUUAGAACUGCAUUUGCUGUUGCUUCAUUGCUUAAUCGUACAUUGGUAAUGCCUCGCUUAUGGUGCCGGAUGGAUAGUGUUUUUUUUGCACAUCCUAGAGAUUUGACAGGCAGUAUUAUGAGACAACCUUUUAUCUGUCCUUUGGAUUAUGUAUUUCAGGUUAACAUCAUGGUGAAAGAAUUGCCAGAAAACAAAUUCGGACCUUCGAUCAGAUUUAGGGAGCAUUCUUUAUUUGACAAUCCAUCCAUGCCCCAGAAGGUGAAAGAUUCAUGGCUUGAUGUAGAUCUUUGUCAAGAGGGGUCACAAGGCUGUCAAGUUUCAUCAAACACUACAAGAAGUCAAACAGGAGUCCUCAAAUUUCCCAAAAAUAGCUCUGAACAAACAUACACGACCGUAUUCUCAUCCUUCAAAACUGUCAAAGUCAUUCAGUUUUCAUCAAUGCGAGAUGCCUUCGCAGGUUUCGCUGACAAGCUCAAGGAAGAAAAGUUCAGGAGCCGCAUGAAGGCAUAUAUGGGUAGAUGGUGUUGCGUGGAAGAUCACGAUCCACCCCACAUAUACUAUGACAUCUACUGGGACGAAAAGCCUGAUUGGAAACCUGAACCACCUCAGACCCCUGAAGAUGACCAUCCACCUUCUUAAGGCUCUUACUCUUGUCUGUGAUGAUGUUGCUCAAUGUGUAUAAUGCUAGAGAUGUCUUAAUACCUAAAGUCAAAUAAUGUUGUUACUUGUUAAUUUUGCCCUUGGAUUAAGUACUUUUAGCAUUCUUUCCAUAAUUGGUAACAGAUAUUCAUAUUGUCUAGG